GUGCUAGAAACAUCCUAACCUGUACACAACAAACGUUUCUCUGACGAGAUGCCGCCGAAAGUGGCAAGUGAAUCUGAAAAAGACACGUCAGUUUGAACGAGAGUUGCAGGAUCGCCUCAAUGACAGGCAAGUUAAGUAAGUUUAAGCGACUCGAAGAGAUUUCAUCAGUCUUUGAAAAGAAACGAAAUUGAAGCGGUUUAACUUGCCUGGUUAAACCUUUGACAAGCAUUGAUAAAGAAAGAAGAUUCAAGUGAUUUAUGACAAAAAAGGAUUGAUACAAAUUUAUGUACGAUAAUUCAGAAUGAGACCAGCACAAAGAAGGCAGCCAGGGCUGCAGUACGGACUGGUACUGUUAGCAUCACAGGCCAUGAAUUUCGGAAUUGACAAGAUACCUCCUGCCACUCUCCUAGGAAUGGCAGUUCAAAGUCUUCUAUACGCCGGAAUGAUCAAAGUGCCAUGGAAUCCAGAGGACGUGUGCAUCUCCACAUUAAAAAUUCUCAAGCACAAAGAUUGGCGUUCCUUCGUAGUAUCCAAUUUUGAGCACGGAUCAGAUAUGCAUCUCUACUACAAUAUGGUAUCGUUUCUCCUGAAAGGUUCCUAUUUAGAGCCCAUGUAUGGAACAGCCAACUUUGCCUUGCUCAUUGGUCUGUUAUCCCUGGGUUGUAGUUCAAUGUAUGUUUUCUUGGGAUAUGCAUUGACACAAAUUACAACGGAUUACGCUUACUACACCUCCUGUGCCAUUGGCUUCUCAGCAGUUCUUUUUGCCUUGAAAGUUAUUGUCGUCUGUGAGGAACAUGACAGACCUACUGAUGUAGGAGGUUUCAGAGUACCAAGUAAGUUUGCAGUCUGGGCUGAGCUGGUUUUAAUUCAUCUUCUAGUUCCAAACUCAUCAUUUAUUGGACAUCUUGGAGGCAUUUUGGUUGGCUGUUUAUAUUGUUAUACAUUUGUGGGAGAAAUUGUAGACAGUAAAUUAUCCACCAUUACUGGACGACCCAUUAUCCACGAAGAUCAAUUUUACAGGAGACGUACUUGGAGAUUUUAAGUGUUGGGGCAAAGAUUUUUUGAGUGAAUCUUGAAUGUUGUAUGAAUGAAGAUAUAUUGUAACUAAAAAUAGAUACUUGAAUGUAGAACCAUUCAGUGUAAUUUCUGUGAUGAAACAAUAACAGUACAUAUUAAGGGAAAUAUAUGUGUUAGCGGUAAAGUACAAACAUGUGAAAAGCACAAAUGUUAUUAUUUUUAUAUUUAAUUAUAAAAUACCUAAUUAAAAAUAAAAUAUAUAACUUAUGAACAAAUUAUCUGAUUUUUGUAAUGUCAAUUUCUUCACCCAGAAAAUCAAUACACAUGUUUGUGCAUGCAUCAUUUCCAAAGUUACUGUUCCAAACUCACUUUGCCUAUAUUUAACAACUGCCCAAACUAUAAGUGGUUUUUAAUAAACAAAAUUAUAAUAAUUUA